CUUCGGAGGAGGACCUGCUCGCGGCGCUGCUGGGGGCCCAGCUUCGCAAGGCCGCGGCGUCGCAGCCGGCGUUCGCGGCGCGCGACGACGAGGGGUCCGAGACUGGCGCGCCAGCGCCUGGCUACACGGGGCGCCGCCAGCGCCAGAAGCUCCUGCCGCCGGCGCGCGCGGCAGCCGGCAAUGUCGUUUGCCCGCUCUGGCUGCGCGGCUCCUGCAAGCGCGGCGACGGCUGCGAGCUCGGGCACGGGUUGCACUUGACGGGCGCCGACAAGGCCGAGGCGAAGGCGAAGCUUAAUUACGGCGAAG